CACCAUAGUGGCACCUCUGUCAAGAAGAAAACGUGCACAGCUAUGGAUGGCAAAUCUGUUGCUGUUGCUUUGGUUCUCUAUUUGGUCUCAAUGGCGGGGUCAGAAGGUAAGGCUCUGGAGAAGACAGAUGAAAGAGGCUCCCAGUGCCAAUGCCUAAGCACUCAUUCCAGGUUCAUCUCUCCCAAGACUAUUCAGGAUGUGAGAUUAAGCCAAAGAGGACCUCACUGCAAAAAUGUGGAAAUCAUAGCUACACUGAAAGAUGGCAGGAAAGUGUGCGUGGAACCCACUGCGCCCUGGAUCCAGCUCACUAUAAAGGCUCUACUGGGCAGGGCCAGGGACAAUGUUGAGCCACCAGUCAAAGAAAGGUCAAGGAAAAAUAAACCUUGGAUUUCUGUGAGCAUAUGAAAUGAAAAAACAUUGCUGCUGAGAAUGCCAUCAUUUCUGAUGAGAAGGCCCCCUCUGCUACAUUACUGAAGUUGAUCAUUUUUCUUUCCCUGAGAUGAUUGCUGAUUCAUCUUAUUUUCUUUGCUUUUGCUCUCUCGAAAUUUCUCUCUAAAUUCUGUGAUAGAUCAAGGAGUUCAAGGUUAAUGGAAGUGUUAAAGUGUUGUAAGGAUGAGAAUAAACUAGAUGAAAAGUGUUAGCCCUAAAUGGCCUUACUUAAAACAGAAACAGAAUGGAUACAAUUAGCAAACACGUCAAUAAACACAUAAUAAAGAAUCAUCUGUGGCUUUGAAGGAAGUAAUCUCUCACACACUUGCUGAAGUUGUUUGAAGGUGAAAACAAGACUAUGGAUGUGGCAGGUCUCACAGGUAGAGUCAAACUGCCUUUCUGAAAUACUUUCACAGUCCUCACUAAACACUGGAAAUAAUGAGGCUAAGAAACAUGUCUUGGAAAUGGAUAAGGGACAAGUGAAUACAUAGAGAUGACGAGCAAAAUGAAAAGAUCAACUUUCAUUGGCACAUGGAACAUCACCCGUGGA